ACACACACACACACACACACACACACACACACACACACACACACACACGCACACUGAAGGGAAUCAUCAAACAUGGACCAGCAGUGAAAAAUACUUCUGUUAGUGAGACAGAAGAAGAACCUUGGGCCGGGAGGCCGCUUCAGUCAUGGCCGACCCUCCAACAUCUCCACCUGAGGAUCUCAACAAACUCAGUUUCUGGAUGCCAGGAAAUUAUGUGCGGACGGUGCGGAGAACGUCAGAGUCGUACCAGGCUUCUAAGGACAUCAUAGCGUGUAUGAAGGACAGAGCCCAGGUCGAGCGUCAGUACGCCCGCCAGCUGACUGAAUGGAGCAAGAGAUGGAAGUCCAUCACAGACAGCCGGCCGCUCUACGGGUCACUGAUGCGGGCCUGGCAGUGCUUCUUCUCGUCCGCCGAGCGUCUGUCUGCCCUGCACACGUCCAUCUGUCAGUCUCUGGUGGGAGAAGACGGAGAACGCAUACGCUCUUGGCAGAAGGAGACGUUUCCACGGAAGAUGUUCUGUGGCUUCAGAGAGUCUCAUGACCUUGAGACGGCUUUCUCGCGUGCUCAGAAGCCCUGGGUGAAAAGAUUAAAAAAAUUGGAAAAGGCUCGUGCGGUUUAUCAUAAGUCAUGCCAAAAGGAGCAGAAAGCACAGGAGAAAGAGAGUCAAGCCAAACACAAGCCCAACCUGAGCGAAAGCAAACUCUCCAAGAUUCAGCAGAUGAAAGAGAAAGCAACACAAGACCGCAACAAAGCACAUGAGCGUUAUGAGAAGGUCUUGGAGAACGUCACUGGCUUUGCACCUCGAUACAUGGAGGAAAUGGAAUCUGUGUUCGACCAAUCGCAGGAGGAGGAGAGGAAGAGGAUCAGUUUCCUGAAACAGGCCUUCCUGUCUGUACACAGACACCUCGACAUCACCAACAAUGAGAGUAUAAAAGCAGUUUACAGUGAACUGCAUCACACUAUCAUGACCAUCAGCGAGCAAGAUGACCUGCGCUGGUGGAAAAACAACUGUGGGCCCGGGAUGCCCACCGACUGGCCCAACCUAGAGGAAUGGACGCCUCCAAUUAAAAAGCAGAAACCAAAAAAGAAAGAAAAAGUACAGAGAGAAACAGAGGACAAAGCGGUCAUGAUCGGAGGCGUGCGUGUACGAGCGAUGUACAAUUAUGAAGGAGCAGAAGCCGACGAACUGUCAUUUAAAGCAGGUGAGGUAUUCCUCAAGGUGGCGGAUGAAGAUGACCAGGGCUGGUGCUGGGGGGUGAAGGAGGGCGGAGUUGAAGGAUAUUAUCCAGCCAAUUAUGUGCUGCCUGUGCAAUAAUGUCAUAACGCUUAUUUACACUUUUCUGUUUUGGAUAUUAUAAACACAGCCACCAGAAAUGAUUUGGACACAUGUUGAGUCUCACAAAAUAUUGAAGCGAGAGUCGUCUAAAGUAAUUGAUCCUGAAUUAAGCUUUGGUUAGAAGUAGUUUGACUUUUCUGAGAUAUGUUUGCAAUGAAUAUUAACUGAAGUUAAGGUGGUAUUAAUAGUGGAUGUACAGUAUGAAAUGACAGGUCACUUUUGUCAAACACACUCUCUGAAAUAAGGGUCAACAGAAGGUUCUUCACAGCGAUGCCAUAGAAGAACAAUCUGGCGUUCUCCAAAGAACUAUUUACUUCUUUCUUACUUUUUUUAUUACACGGCUCGUUGGAACGCUUGAUUCUGAUUGGCCAGUCGCGACAUUUGCAGUUUCGUUAUUGCCAGAUAACAACUGCUCAAAACUAAUAACACACGGUUAACCCGGGUGCAACAAAUCAUUUUGACAGUUUUUUUUUGACAAAUUAAAUGUAAAUAUGUCUUUUAAUAACAUAUAUGACAUUAUAUUUACAAAUUAUUUAACCAAGUUGCCUGUUCGUGACAUUUGAACAUCGUUUCUUACCUUAAAACCGAAAGUAAACGGCUUUUCCUCGCGGAAGGUCUGCAUUCGGUAAAAAUGAGCUAAUAAAAUAUUUCAAAUUCACAUUUCAUUAUCCCUUACAUAAUGUAAAGAAUCUUUUACGUCAAAGAACCCUUUAAACAAGAAAGUGUUUUGAAUGUUAACCAAAAUGGUUCUUCUAUCGCAUCAUGAAGCACCUUUUUUUAAGAUAAAGGGUCAACACUUUAUUUCUUAAUUUUGCAUAUUAUUGUUUAAAACAAACUUCACUUUAUGAAAUGGUUUGCUUGAAAACUAUGUGUGUGUGUGUUAACAUUAAACUAAUGCACUAGCUUUGAUAUUUUGUUAUCUAAUACAAUGACAUUUGUAAGUGUGACAUAAGUGUCCAAAUAUUUUUGUGGCUGCUGAAUUUCCGGUGAAAAUUACAUUUUGUAUCGCCCCUAUUAAAACAACUAUAUGCAACACCAACAGCACAAUAAAACAUCAUUUCGCUUUAUUAAUAAACCUUUAUACUUUCAUUUAUAUUAUAAUUGGUUCACGUUCCUCUCAGAUUUUGGAAACCCUCUAAGAGAGUCUAUGCAUAAACAA